UAGUGGCUGUAGCUCCUUCCCUUCCUUCAAUCCAUCUCUCUCUCUCUCUCUCUCUCUCUCAAGGGUCACUCUGUUCUGGGUGAUUUAUCAGAAGUUUUAGCUGAUAAAUCAUACCAACAUUGCCCUCUGUUAAUAUAACACAGCCCCUAUUUAUUAACUGAAGAUUUCAUUCCUUCUUUGAAAACCUUUAAUUUUUCACACAUUGAAUGGAGAUGUUUGUGAGACUCUGUUCUAUUGCUCCUCUGUUUCUGCUUCUUCCAUUGGCUUUUGCCGGCCAUGACUAUGGCCAAGCUCUCAGUAAGAGCAUUCUCUUCUUUGAAGCUCAGAGAUCUGGUUACCUUCCCGAUAACCAGAGAGUCCAUUGGAGGGGUAAUUCUGGAUUAAAUGAUGGCAAGGCUAAUGGAGUGGAUUUGGUUGGAGGGUACUAUGAUGCAGGGGACAAUGUGAAGUUUGGGCUACCCAUGGCAUUCACAAUUACAAUGAUGUCAUGGAGCAUAAUUGAAUAUGGCAAGCAAUUGGGUGCAAGUGGUGAGCUAAGUCAUGCCAUUGAUGCUGUUAAGUGGGGCACUGACUACCUCAUUAAAGCUCAUCCCCAACCCCAUGUUCUCUAUGGAGAGGUAGGGGAUGGGAACACAGACCACUACUGCUGGCAAAGACCGGAGGACAUGACCACCUCACGGCAGGCUUACAAGAUUGACCCCAGCAAUCCUGGAUCCGACCUCGCCGGUGAGACUGCCGCGGCCAUGGCUGCAGCCUCUGUCGUCUUCCGCCACCAAAACCCUUCCUAUGCCAAUGAACUCCUCACCCGUGCCCAGCAGCUAUUCGAGUUUGCUGACAAAUACAGGGGCAAAUAUGAUAGCAGCAUUACAGUGGCUCAGAAAUACUACAGAUCUGUCAGUGGAUAUGGCGACGAGCUGUUGUGGGCUGCAGCAUGGUUGUACGAGGCAACUGACAAUCAGUAUUACUUGAACUACCUUGGCAACAAUGGUGAUGCACUUGGUGGGACUGGUUGGGCCAUGACAGAGUUCGGAUGGGAUGUCAAGUAUGCUGGUGUUCAGACUCUUGUUGCCAAGUUGCUAAUGCAAGGGAAAGCUGGUCAGUAUGCACCAGUUUUUGAAAAAUACCAGCAGAAGGCAGAGUUUUUCAUGUGUUCGUGCCUCGGGAAGGGCACUCAAAAUGUGCAGAAGACUCCCGGAGGCCUCAUUUUCCGACAGAGUUGGAACAAUCUGCAAUUUGUGACCAGUGCCUCUUUCCUACUCACAGUCUACUCAGACUAUCUGGCCUCUGCUGGCAAAAACACGAACUGUGCUGCUGGCAGUGUGGGACCAUCUGAGCUCUUGUCAUUCGCUAAAUCUCAGGUGGACUAUAUUCUUGGAGACAACCCAAGAGCCACUAGUUACAUGGUGGGGUAUGGAAGCAACUACCCACAAAAAGUUCACCACCGCGCUUCCUCAAUCGUCUCCACCAAGGUUGACCCUUCAUUUGUUAGUUGCCGGGAAGGUUAUGCCACUUGGUUUAGCAGGAAGGCGAGUGACCCUAAUCUCCUUACCGGUGCUAUUGUUGGUGGACCUGAUGCCUAUGACAACUUCGUCGAUGGAAGAGACAAUUAUGAGCAAACAGAGCCUGCUACCUACAACAAUGCUCCCCUUCUCGGUGUAUUGGCACGACUAAACAGUGGUCACAGUGGAUAUAACCAGCUUCUUCCCGUGGUGGUUCCAUCUCCUAAACCAGUUGUUACCAAACCAAAUCCAGCUCCACAAACCAAAACCACGCCUGCUCCAGUUUCAUCUUCUGCUCCAAUUGCUAUCCAGCAGAAGAUGACAACUUCAUGGAAUUGGAAGGGAAAAACGUACUACAGAUACUCCACAAUUGUGACCAACAAAUCUGCAAAAACUCUGAAGGGUCUCAAGCUUUCGAUAUCCAAGCUCUAUGGUCCUCUUUGGGGCCUCACGAAGUCUGACAAUUCGUAUGUCUUUCCAGCGUGGAUCAACUCUUUAGAUGCUGGAAAGAGCAUCGAGUUUGUCUACAUUCAUUCAGCUUCUCCAGCAGAUGUGUCUGUCUCAAGUUACACUUUGGUCUAAGGAAGAAGAUAUGACAGAGAGUCCACACGAUUUCCGCAGUGAUUGUCAUGUUACGAUUGUGCAGCUAUACAAGAUUCAUUUGAAAGAUAUAUAUCACUGCAAGAAAUUUGGUUUUUAGCGACAGUCCAAUCUGUCCCUAAAAGGCCCAAGACGUCCCUAAUAAUUGAAUUCGUCCGGCGUCAACAAAAAAUUCAACCUUUAGGGAUGGACGUACUGUCCCAAAUAAUACCAUCCUUAUUUAUAUAUUAGAGACAGUUUUUGAGUACUAUCCCUGAUUACACAUUGUAUUAGGGACAAUAGAUACUAUCCUUAAUACAUUUUAUUUUCUUUUAUUUUAUUUUUCUUUGUUA